GGCACCUUUGGGUGGUGGAGUGCGGAGGAGACGACCCACAGCGGAGGAGUCCCAGUCGCCAGUCACCAUGACGGACCAACAGGCUGAGGCCAGGUCCUACCUCAGCGAGGAGAUGAUCGCUGAGUUCAAGGCUGCCUUUGACAUGUUUGAUGCUGAUGGCGGUGGGGACAUCAGCGUUAAAGAGUUGGGCACCGUGAUGAGGAUGCUAGGGCAGACACCCACCAAAGAAGAACUGGAUGCCAUCAUCGAGGAGGUGGACGAGGAUGGCAGCGGUACUAUCGACUUUGAGGAGUUCUUGGUCAUGAUGGUGCGCCAGAUGAAAGAGGAUGCGAAGGGGAAGAGCGAAGAGGAACUGGCUGAGUGUUUCCGCAUCUUUGACAGGAACGCAGAUGGCUAUAUCGAUGCCGAGGAGCUAGCUGAGAUUUUCCGGGCUUCUGGGGAGCAUGUGACAGAAGAGGAGAUUGAAUCCCUGAUGAAGGACGGUGAUAAAAACAACGAUGGCCGCAUUGACUUCGAUGAGUUUCUGAAGAUGAUGGAGGGCGUUCAGUAAGGAGCCGGCCUUUGUUCAUGGUCAUCCAGACUGAAGGUCCACUGGGCGUGGCCAGCUCCACCUUUGCCUUCCUGCUCCACGCGGGAAAGGCUGCUCCUUUGGGCUCUGUGACUGGAAGGAAUAAAAGCUGACAAUGUAAAA